CUGGGCUGUGAAGGGGUCUGCUGACUGGGCCUCCAUGGUCUGAGGGGAGGAAGGCCUUGUCCUGAGGGCUGUGCUUCAGAACCUCUGGAAACCAGACAGGAGGACUUGGCCCAAGGCAGUCACAGCACAGAGGAGUCCUGGGCAGCGCCUGGAGUCAAGGUCUGUGGAUCACUCAUCCAGUCUCUGCCACACUCCUGCCUGCAGCUCCAACCACAGUCACCAUGUCUCGUGCUCCCAAGCGUCGCCGCUGUAUGCCUGAGGAAAGCCCUGGGUCCCAAAGUGAGGCACCAGGUGUCAUGCAUGGCCAGGUGUCCCCAGCUGUGGAGGAGGAUGCUUCCUCCUCCUCCACUAGCUCGUCCUCUUUACCCUUCUCUCCUUUCCCCUCCUCCUCCUCCUGCUAUCCUCUAGACUCCAGCACCUCAGAAGAGGCUGCUGCUGCUGCUGAAACAUCAAGUCCUCGGAGAGCCUGCUCCUCUCCUAUUGCCAUGGCCUCUGCUCUGUUCGAAUCUGAAGAGGGUCCCAGAUGCCAAGAUGUAGAGGGGCCGAGCUCCUCUCGGGCCCUGCCAGAAGCUGAAUCCUCACUCGAAAAUGAGAUAGAAGGAAAGGUGGUUGAUUUGGUGCACUUCCUGCUGCACAAGUAUCGAGUGAAGGAGCCGACCACCAAGGAGGAAAUGCUGAGUAGUGUGAUCCAGAAUUACCAGAAGUACUACCCUGAGAUCUUCAGUGAAGCCUCUGAUUGUCUGCUGCUGCUCUUUGGCAUUGACAUAAAGGAAAUCGACCCCGCCAGCAAUUCCUAUGUCCUUGUCACCAGGCUGGGCCUCGCCUUUGAUAAGAUACCUAGUGUUGAUGACAGUAUGCCCAAGUCUGGGCUCUUGGUCAUCGUCCUGGGUGUGAUCUUGAUGGAGGGCAACCAUGCCACUGAGGAAGUGGUCUGGAAAGUGCUGAAUAUGAUGGGUGUGUUUGAGGGCAUUGAGCAUGUCAUUUGUGGGGAGCCCAGGAGGCUCCUCACUGAAAAGUGGGUGCAGGAAAACUAUCUGGAGUACAGGCAGGUGGCUGGCAGUGAUCCUGCCUGCUACGAGUUCCUAUGGGGUCCAAGGGCCCAUGCUGAAACCAGCAAGAUGAAAGUUCUGGAGUAUUUGGCCAAGGUCUAUGGGAGUAAUCCCACAGCCUUCCCACUGUGGUAUGAGGAGGCUUUGAGAGAGGAAGAGGAGAGAGCCCAGGCCACAAUGGCCAUUGCAGAUGAUAGCACCGCCAUGGCCACUGCUCCAAUUUCUAGUGCCACCGGCAGCUUCUCCUGCCCCGAGUAGAGUCAGGCAAUUUCUUCGCUGUGUGGUUUAAGUGGGAAGCCAGUGAUCUAAGGAGG